AUGAGGUGCAAGGGGGGGGGGUGGCAGGUGGCAGGCGUGAGACAUUGGGGCGCGCCCGCUGCUGCGAUCGACGCCGCGUUACGGAUAUGGCUGAGCAAUGCGACGCUGUUCCUGUUCGUCGAGUGGAGAAAUCCGUCGAUAUACUUUGUUUGA